AUGUCCGGUGGGCAACAUCAUCAAGCAGUUAGUAUUCCCGUGAAUCGUGAGCAACGGUCAUUUGAGAGGCAGAGACGUGACCUGUUAACUGGCCUGGAACAUGGAGGUGGUAAUCAUCGUGGCAACCUAAUCGCACCGUACACGGAAGACUGGCCGAGUACUGUGGACAGCUGGAUCAACUCCUCCUGGAGGAGAUGGGAUGAAGACAUGCGACGUUUGAGACGUGGAAUGUUCGCACUAUUACCGUUGGAUAACUUCACCCACGGGAUUUGGGAGAAUCCAUUCGCUUUAAUGCACCAAAUGGAUCGUCAUAUCCAGGAUAUCCGAGAGAGAAUGGGCUCAAUGGAUGUUCCGUCGACCGGUUCAGUGAGUGACUUUUUGAAGGACGCCUACGAAAUAGGUGAGGAUGGCAAGGUACAUUUCAAGGUACGAUUCGAUGCACAAGGUUUCGCUCCUCAGGACAUCAAUGUGACGUCGAGUGAGAACCGUGUGACAGUACACGCGAAGAAGGAGACGACGACCGAUGGUGGGAAGUGUAGUCGGGAGUUCUGUCGUAUGGUGCAGCUGCCGAAGAGUAUUGAUGAUAGUCAACUGAAAUGUCGCAUGACAGAUGAUGGUGUUUUGAUGUUGGAGGCUCCAGUGAAGGUUGAUCAGAACCAGUCGUUGACGCUGAACGAGUCUGGUCAGGUGGGUGUUCGACCGAAAUCGGACAAUCAGAUUAAGGCAGUUCCUGCGUCUCAAGCACUUGUUGCAAAAGGUGUUCAUGGUCUAUCGUAUGUGGAUGAUGGUUCAGGUGGCAAGCGAUUGCAUGUUGAGGUUCCAGUGGACCCAGUGUACAAGCCUGAAGACUUGUGUGUGAAUGUUGAUUCGAAUCGUGUUGUGGUUAGUGGACGUCAUCAUAAGCAGAAGAGUGGUCAAUAUGGAAAGUCAAGUUCAUUUGCAGAGUUCAGUCAGUCGUAUGCGAUUCCCGAGACAGUUGAUCCGUUAUCUGUUUCUGCUCAGCCUCUAAGUACAAAUGGUCUCGUGGGGACCUGUGACCCUAUUUUGCUUAUGGAUCAAAUGGAGCGUCAAAUGCAAGACAUACGGGACCAGAUUCGUGAUGAUGACAUACAUUCGACAGGCUCGAUAAACGAUUAUCUUAAGGAUGCCUAUGAAAUAGGUGAAGAUGGGAAAGUGCACUUUCAAGUGUGUUUUGAUGCGAAGGGCUUUGAACCCGAAGAUAUCGAGGUGACAUCGACUGACGAUUACAUUAAAGUACAAGCCAAGAAGGAGAUAAAGACGGAAGAUUCCAGUUGUUGUCGUGAAUUUUGUCGCAUAAUUGAACUCCCUAAAUCGAUCGACCGCAACCAGUUGAAUUGUAGUCUAACUAGCGACGGUGUCUUGAAGCUUGGAGCCCCAGCUAGUGUACCCGACUAUCAAUCACUCACAUUUAAUGAUAACGGUCAGAUUGCCAUUCGGCCUAAGUCACAUAAUCAAGUUCAAAAUGCUCACAAACUGGCAGUCAAGGGUGUUAAUGGUUACUCCAUUGUUGACAACCAGAACGGUGGUAAGGAUUUACAUGUUGAAAUAUCAUUGGAUCCAAUUUAUAAACCUGAAGACUUGUGCAUCAGUGUUGAUUCGAACCGAAUUAUGCUUUCGGGUCGUCAUUACAUGAAUGGUGAUCAUUCGGGUUCCUAUACUGAAUUCACUCAUUCAUAUGAAAUUCCGGAAACACUGGACCCAUUAUCUGUUUCUGCUCAAGUGAUUGACAAAACACUGGUUUUGGAAGCACCUCUGAUGAAGUGUCAUAAAGUGGAACAGUAAUAAGAUCUGGAUAAUCUUACUUAUUUAAAUCAAAUAAACUUUAUCAUUAAAUUUCUAUGUUAUUCAACGUGUAUUUUGUUUACCGUUCAAGGAAAGUGGCACAACACUUAACUAGUAUCAUGAAUUUACAAGUACUGUUGUGAUCAAGGACGUGAAUUACAUUUUGAACUACAAUUUAAUCAAGACACAUUUUAAUGGAACUCCCUUUAGUUAGUCAGAGCUUGUGAUAAGCAUACUACAUCGUAUAUGUC